CAACAAAUGAGCUCCUAUUUUGUGAACUCAUUCUGCGGUCGCUAUCCCAAUGGCGCGGACUUCCAGUUACAUAAUUAUGGGGAACACAGUUCGGCGGACGAGCAAUACCGAGACUCCAACGCCAUGCACUCCGGCAGGUACGGUUAUGGCUACAACGGGAUGGACCUGAGCGUCGGCCGGCCCGCCGCCACAGGACACUUUGUACAGCAACAGCAGCAGGGCGGCGAGCGGACGGCCGCCUUCUCCCCGACCCACUCAGCGGCCGACCCCGGCAGGUACACGCCGUCCGCCGGCGCCAACUCGGCCAACUCAGCCGCGGCGGAACAACCAGUCCCGUGCGGCUCCACUUCCUCCCCCGGCGAGUCUCGUAGCCAGCACCGAGCCGCCAAAAACUCCCUGCCCAGUCCGUGCUCCGGCUCCAGCUCCAGCGGGGGCACACUGCUGCACAACCGAGACUGUGCGCCCAAGGGCACCCCCCUGGACGAGGAAAAGCCCACGGGGAGUGCACCCGGAACGCCACAGAACGACCCGGCCCAGCCUCAGAUAUAUCCGUGGAUGAGGAAACUACACAUAAGUCACGAUUUGUCCGGUCCGGAGGGCAAGCGUGCCCGGACCGCCUACACCCGCUACCAGACGCUGGAGCUGGAGAAGGAGUUCCACUUCAACCGCUACCUGACCCGGCGGCGGAGGAUCGAGAUCGCGCACGCCUUGUGCCUCUCUGAGAGACAGAUCAAAAUUUGGUUCCAGAACCGCCGGAUGAAGUGGAAGAAGGACAACAAGCUGAAGAGCAUGAGCAUGGCUGCGGGCGCGGGGGGCUACAGGCCUUGA